AUGGGCUUCGGUUCAUAUUGCAAUACCAAUUUAUUCGGCCCGUUUCUGAAGAGUGCUUUCACUGCUGCCAUGCCAACGUUGUUCAUUUCUGAUGUGUUCCGUAUAAUGCUAGACUCCUCUGCCAACUCUACAUCUCAUCCGGAUGAUGAACUAGAUUGCAUUCCUAUCCGAACCUUUACUCGAAUUGUAAUGUUUAAUAAAACCCCGGAAAACUUCAUGGAAGAUCCCACAAAUGAUGCAGACUCCCUAGAUACCAUCCGCUAUCAAUCUUGUAUGAGUGAUGAGCUAGACUGUAUUCCUAUUCGAAUCUUCAUCCGAAAUAUAAUCCAUAAUACCGGAAAAACAUCGUGGAAAAGACAUUUCAUUAUCAACGGAACACUAUAA